AUGAUGACGCUGCUUCUUCUUCUGAACCUUCUACUACUGGUGCUGCUCUUCCUUCUACUACAUCUACUACCUCUAUUACACCUACUGAAGGGAGAGAGACUGCGCCUGCAGGUGACAGUCAAACUGGAGACAGUGCACCAAGAGAAAGUGGAGCAAUACAACCAUCUUCUACAAGCAGUUCAACCAAAGAGAGUGCAGCUGAUUCUGAGAAUGCAAACACUGGGAGCGACAGUACACCUGAAGGGGGUGAAUCAACAAGUAACCCCGCUAAUGAAGAAUCAACCACCACCACCACCACAACAACAACAACAACACCAACACAUCCUCCUGAACUCACAAACAACAAGAAGGGUGAUGCAGACAGCAGCAGCAGUAUCAGCAGUUCUGUGUGGGUGCGUGCAUCACUACUGA